AUGAUCCUCAUACUGCUCUUUUGUCUCGGGGGUCCGCUGGGCUGGGCCCAGGUUCUGGACACCAGCGUCUCUGAGCCGUGGAGUCUCAGGCCACCAGGGACAAGGGCUGAAGACCUUGACCCGGACCCUGCCCGACGGAACUGGUGCCCAUACCAGAAGUCCAAGUUGGUCACCUAUGUAGCCGCUUGCAAAACAGAGAAGUUCCUGGUGCACUCCCAGCAGCCAUGUCCCCAGGGACAGCCAGACUGCCAGACACCCAAAGUCAUGUACCAAAUGGCCCCGAAGCUGGUGUACCAGGUUAAGCAGAAGGUGCUGAUGUCGGUGGACUGGAGGUGCUGCCCAGGCUUCAGGGGCCCCGACUGCCAGCACUACGACCCCACGGCAGUCUCAGAUCCUGCAGAGCCUGGCGACUGGAGCAGGCUGGGCAGCUCGGAGCACGGCCCCUUGGCUGUGGAGGUGCAGCAGCAGCAGGGUCAGCAGCAGCCCCCGCAGGGAGGAUUCCAGAACGACAUGCAGCCAGGGCUGGAUGGCCUUCCAGACCCUUGGAAGGCCCCAGCCGGGAACCUCACAGUCGCUGGGAUGGAGACCAAUCACACGGAGCUUGGCUUUCCUGGCAGGGCCUUGGAGCAGGUGCUCCUGCACCACGCCGACACCUUCCUGCAACGGCACCUGGGCUCCAUCUGGAAGAACUUCAACGACAGCCUGCAUAGCCUGGCCCAGGCAGUGAGGAACCUGUCCCUGGAUGUAGAGGCUAACCGCCAGGCCAUCCAAAGGGUUCAGGAGGACGUAGUGGCCAGAGCUGAUGUCCAAGAGCUUGGGGCCAAGUUUGAGGCCAAGGUGCAGGAGAAUGCCCAGCGGGUUGGGCAGCUGCGGCAGGCGGUGGAGGAGCACCUGCACGCCCAGCUCCAGUCCCUGCGCCACUCGCUCUCCGAGUUCCAAACCGACGUGGACGCCAGGCUGAAGCAGCUACACAAGGCCCAGGAGUCCCCGGGAAGCCAUGGUGGCCUGGAGGCGGCCGCCAAGCCGGAGCCCGACAGCCUGCACGCCAGGCUGGGCCAACUGCAGCGGAACCUGUCGGAGCUGCACGCGGCCCUGGGCCGCAGGGAGGAGGAACUGCAGGGCACCCUGGGGGACGUGAGUGCCACCUUGGCCCAGCACAGCGAAGAGAUCAAAGAGUUAUACUCAGAGUCGGACGAGACCUUCGACCAGAUCAGCAGGGUGGAGCGGCAGGUGGAGGAGCUGCAGGUGAACCACACGGCGCUGCGCGAGCUACGAAUAAUCCUGAUGGAGAAAUCGCUCAUCAUGGAGGAGAACAAGGAGGAGCUAGAGCAGCAGCUCAUGGAGCUCAAUGUGACGCUGCAGCAGCUGCAGGGCGGCCAGGCCGACCUCCUCAAGUACGCCAAGGAUUGCAACUGCCAGCGGCUCUACCUGGACCUCGACGUCAUCCGGGAAGGCCAGAAGGGCACCACGCGAGCCCUGGAGGAGGCGCAGCUGAGCCUGGACGAGCAGCGCCGGCUGGACAGCUCCUCGCUGCAGGCCCUAAGCAGCGCCGUGGACGCUGUGGCACAGGCCGUGGACGCGCGCAAGGCCGAGGGCGAGCAGGCGCGCGCCGAUCGAGCGCGGCUCCGGAGCCAGCUGCAGGCAGUGCACGGCGAGGUGGGUGCGUUGCAGGCGGCCGCCGGCCCGCUGCGCGCCGAGGUGCAGCGGCUGCACAGCGCCUUCGCCGCGCUGCUGCACGACGCGCUGCGCCACGAGGCCGUGCUGGCCGCCCUCUUCGGGGAGGACGCGCUGGAAAGGCUGUCGGAGGACGAGGCCAACCCACUGCCUCUGCGCUAUGAGCAGAUCCGCACUGGCCUGCAGGACGCCGCCAGCGGGCUGCAGGAGCAGGCGCUCGCCUGGCAUGCUCUGGCGGCCCAAGUGGCCACCCUGGAGCAGCUGGUGAAGCAGCGCCUGGAGCCCCCUCAGGACUCCCUUCCGGAAGAGGCUGGUGCUGCGACCCUGGCCCAGCUUCAGGGCCUGAUGACGGAGGUCAUAUCCCAAGUCAAUAGCCUCCGGCAUUGCUGCGAAGCCCCCGGGGCUGCCCCCUUCAACAGUUCGCUCCAAGGUCUCUCCAGUGUGCUGUCAGCCACGCAGCACGACCUGGAGCAGCACCGGCAGCUCUUCAACCGGCUGUUUGACAACUUCCAGGAGCUCCUGGACACCAACGUCAGCUUGGACCUGAGCAAGCUGCAGACCUUGGUGAGCAGGAAAGAGAGGAAGCAGCAGAAAGGCCUAGACGGCUCCCGGAAGAGGGACAAGAAGCAGGUGCAGCCCUGGGCGGAUGCAGGCGCCCCAGUGCCCAUGCCGAGGGGCCCAGGUGGGCUCUGGGGGACAGGCUCCCCUGUGGCUUUCUAUGCCAGCUCUUCCCAAGGGGCUACUGCCCCACAGAUGGUGGCAUUUGACGUGGCAUCCAUCAACUUCGGCGGUGGCUACCUGCCCCAGCAUGGCUACUUCGUGGCACCUGAACACGGCAUCUACCUGCUGGUGGUGAGCGUUGAAUUCGGCCCCGGUCCAGGUACCGGGCUGCUGGUGCCGGGUGGCUCCGGCAGGACCCCAGUCUCCAUUGCCAAGCAGAGGGAUGAUGGAAGCGCUGCCACCACCUCGGCCUUGCUGGAGCUACAGAAGGGCGAGAGAGUGUGGCUCGAGCUGACCCAGGGCUCCGUCACCCCGGGCACCCAGGGCACUACCUUUGGCGGCUUCCUGCUGUUCAGGACUUGA